UACAAAGAGUACCAGCGACGGCUCCUCAAUACUUAUCAUCUGAUUGGUUAACGUAUUUCCAUUUGUUACGCCCCGGAACUGGGACACCGCCUCUAACUGAUUCCCGAUCGGAAUUUGCUUGGCUUUGGCUGUCUCUUUUUUUUACUGUCGCUGCACGUUCGGCAACGGAAGACUUUUGGGGAAAGGUGUGCAACUUGACACGUCAGAGGGAGUGCUUGCAUGCUCGGCUGCUGUUUGAGGGCGAGUUGUCUGCAAUUUUGUAGGAUUAGUUAACUAGGUGUACGAGGCUUCGCUCGUCCUUGCUACUGUACAUCGUUAGUGUAAUUGGCUGCAUUCCCACAGGCACUCAUUCAUCUUGACUUUUUAUCAUGGCUUCAAAAAAGAGCAAAGGGAAUAGUCCAGGAACUAAAAAGGACUCAAAACAUGGAGGCAAGAAUGGGAAGAAAGGUGAAGGGCUGUCUGGAAGUUCGUUCUUCACCUGGUUCAUGGUGAUUGCACUGCUGGGAGUCUGGACAUCUGUGGCAGUUGUAUGGUUUGAUCUCGUGGAUUACGAGGACAUUUUAGCCAGAGCAAAGGACUUCAAAUAUAACUUUUCAGAAGUUUUACAAGGCAAGCUUGGAGUCUACGAUGCUGAUGGCGAUGGGGACUUUGAUGUAGAAGAUGCAAAAAUUCUAUUAGGCCUGACCAAAGAUGGCAGUAAUGAGAAUAUUGAUUCACUUGAGGAGGUCCUUAAUAUUUUAUCAGAGGAAACUUCUGAUAUGUUUUACGGCUUCCUCUCAUUUCUCUAUGAUGUAAUGACUCCUUUUAAAAUACUAGAUGAAGAAGAGAGUGAAACUUCAGAAGAUGUUGAUGGAGUGGAGGAACCAGGAGGGACUCCAGAGAAAAGGGUUAAAGCAAAAGUAAAGGAAGCAGUACAGCAAAAAGUGGAAGAGAAGCAUGACGUUAAGAAGGAAACAAAAACAAAAGUACAUGAAAAAGCAGAGAAGAAAGAAGCUAAAAUUCAAGUGAAAAAACAUGCCGAAGAAAAAAAGACUCCCAAAAAUAAAAGGAAUGAAACUGCUAGAAAGAAGAAAGAUAAAGAAGAAAUGAAGUCAAAGAAGGAGAGAAGUAACCUUGUUGUAAAAAUAACAGCAGUAAAAGCAAAACGUGCAAAAAAAGAUCCACUAUUAGGGGAAAAAGAAAAGGUAACAGAAAAGAAGAAAGAGAGAGUUGUGCAAAGGAAUGCUACAGAAAAGAAGUCCCAUAUUAAAAAGACUAAUUCUGAUAGCAAGUCUGAAAGGAAGUCUUCCAUUAAAAAGAUGGAUUCUGGUACUAAAGCUGCCCGUAGGGCAGAAGCAACUGACAAACCCCUGUCAAAGGUGCUUAGACCUGCUGCAAAAUCAGAUGCGUCUAGAAAUGCUGCAGUAGACCCUCCAAAGGAAUCCAUUAAAUCUGACAAGAAGAGAAUGUCUAAAGAUGCUGCCAAGAAAAAUCCUACAAAGUUAUCAAAGAGUGCUGCCAAAGAUAGCCCUGCAAGGGUGUCCAAAAAUGUUGACAAACGGAGCCUUUCUGAAGAGCAUAAAAGUACUGCCAAGUCAGAUCAACCAAAGGUAGCUAAAAGUACAGGCAAGCAAACCAUUUUAAAGAUGUCUAAACUCGGUGGCAAAGAAAACUUGUCCAAAAUACCCAAACGUACUUCAAAGGAAACUGUGCCAAAGAAAUUAAAACAUACUGUCAAGGAGAGUGUGCCCGAUCCAAGCAAGCAUGCUGCCAAAGAAAGCAAGCCAAAGCUGACUAAACGUUCAGACAAAGAUCAUUCAAAAGUCUCCAAACAUCCUACCAAAGAGGAACUUUCUAAGGUUUUCCAGAACGCUAGUCAGAGCCAUGUAAAGAUACCUAAAGCGCCAACAAAACUGAACCUUUUCAAACAGAAGAUUUUAAAGAUAUUCAGAGGUACUCCUAAGGAAAGUGAUACAAAAAAGACUAAUCUAAAAUGAAUUAGGCUGCAGUAUUGCUGUCUGAAUAGAGUUUUACCUCCUAUGUUUACAUAGCUGAGUGGCCAGAGGUCUUUGGGGAAGAAUGGCUUGUUCCCCACAUUUUUGUUAGCAGAGAAAAUUGUACUUGGUUAUUAUAAAAUUGCACAACAGAAGCAAAAAUAUUAACCAAGAGCUGUUCGUACAGACUACACUAGGUAGCAUUUUGCAUCUACCAUGAAUACUGUCUUUAAUAGAAAAGAAGCCUACUUGUUCGAGAGCUAUGGUGGCCAGUAGGCAUGAUAGUGUAAAGUCUGUAAAUGGCACCGGACUAAGUAUUUCUUUUUUGUUUUCAGGUGUAAGUGGUGCUAAUUCAGGUGUAUGAAGAUCUCAGGGAACUCUUGGGGUCUGGGGUAUUAGUAAAUCAUUGAUUUGUUUCUGUGGUAUAUCUGACCUGAUGGUUAGGUAGCCUUUAGCAAUUAAUUGUAAAUAAUGUAUGCAUACAUGUGCAUGUAUACUGCUGUCAUUACAUUAUGUACUUUGCUUAAGCUGUACAGACAGGAAUCUGCAAAACCAGCUGUACCUUUUGAAGCUUAUGAGGCAUUGACUGAAAAGUUAAUACAAAUAUUUGUGUAUUGUUUAAAUCAAUGUCUUCAUCCUGCAUGGGUACAGAACUGUUCUUGAUUGAGUAUAAUUGUGUAAUUUUAGUAUAAUCUAUUAUAAAUGAGUAAUACAGUGGCAUGGUAGCAUUCAGCAGUAUUUUAUUCUUAAUGAUAUGUGCUUGAGGCAGAUUUUUUUUUUUUUUAAUUAAAAUAACGUAUAUUUGGCUUGAGAGAAAAGAAAUACUGUGCCUGUCUUUUCUUACUGAUUGGACUCAGAGGGCUGCACGUCCUUUACUUUGCUUUAAGGUGUAGAACAGCAUUUGAGUCCUCCUUUCCUUUUGCACCCUGACAACUGAAGCUUUGACUAGGUUGCUAGUUAAAUUGUCAUUAAAGUGUGCACAGUGCCCUUUGUGGCAUUGUUUUCUCAUUCACAUGUAGUAAAGUUACUGGAUAGUCUGAAGAUCUGCUCCUCAUUGCACACUAACUUCAUUUUAAUUUGUGUAAGAUAGUGUGGGGAAGAGGGCAGUUUUCUUCUCUUUAAAAAAAAAAAUUACAUUUAAAUGAGCAUGUGUAUCCACAGUUAAUUUCUUUAACCUCAUUUGUGGUAUACCAUAUUCGUUACUGGUCAACCUGGCAUAAGGAUCUCGUCCCUUUUAAGACAGCUGUAAUGUUAGGAGUCAACUGUUAAUUUAUUUCUGUGCACACACAGGCAUGCAGACACAGAGCUGAGAAGACCAGUGGUUUAUUGAUUCUUCUGUUAAGAUUGCGUUUAUUUGUCUAAGUAGACCGGUUCUUGGACCCUUUAAAGCUGUGACUUGGGUACAGAUGCUAAACGCUCAGAUGUCAAACAUAUCAUAAAUCCUUGCAGUCGCUGCUGUACACAUACGAUGCAGACACUGUACGUCAUGUAUUAAUGCGAGCAAACAAUUCUACUCAGAAACAAACUGUAGUAGUACAGAGUUCAGCAUAUAUAUAUUUGUGAGCUUCUGCUAGGUAUAACGUAUCUAUUUUAAUAAACAGUAGUACAGAGUUAAACCAUGUAUUUGUGAGCUGAUAGGUGUAACUAAAAUGUGUCUAUUUUAAUAAAGUUCCAACAUAAAAUUAA